AUGGCACUAACGAAAAGACAACUGAUUGUUGUUGGAAGCGUGGGAACUAUAUUGCUUAUUAGUCUCGUUGUUGGUGUGAUUGUCGGAGUGGUCGCCGGUAGACGGAAACCAACUCCAUUAACUUUGGAACAACGAACAUCUCAGAUACUCGCAAAUAAUCCUCUAAUCGAUGGGCACAACGAUUGGCCAUGGCUCAUUCGAGAAAAUUUUCAAAAUAAAAUCAAUGACUUAGAUCUGCAUAAUAUGACUCAGUAUCCAGUGAAGAACUCAACACCAUCGCAUACCGAUAUAACCCGAUUACGACUCGGUCAAGUUGGUGGACAGUUCUGGUCAAUAUAUACCAGUUGUAGUCAUCAAGGAAAAGAUGCGACAGUAAGUUUUAUGGAACAAAUUGAUCUGAUGAAUCGUCUACUCGCAAAACAUCCCGAUGUAUUUCAAAUGGCUAAAACUGCUGAAGAAAUUCGACAGGCAUUCGCUGCCAAACGUAUUGCUAGUCUAUACGGUGUCGAGGGUGGACAAGCCAUCGAAAGUUCAUUUGCUGUUCUAAGAUUGUUCUAUCAAUUGGGCGUGCGAUAUAUGACACUUACACAUAAUUGUAAUACUCCAUGGGCUGAUCAAAAUCAAGUCGAUCGAGUGAACUCGACAUUGAUAAAAAAUAAUGGUCUAACUGAUUUUGGUCAACGAAUCGUGACAGAAAUGAAUCGACUAGGAAUGUUAGUUGAUUUAUCACAUGUCUCAAAAGAAACCAUGAUCAACGUACUUAAUGUCACGCAAUCACCUGUGAUCUUCAGUCACUCAUCAGCAUAUGCUCUAUGUAACCACACGCGCAAUGUACCUGAUGAUGUACUUGAAUUAGUGAAAAAGAAUAAGGGUAUCGUCAUGGUCACAUUUGUGCCAUCAUUUCUCGUAUGUGAUCCUUCGAAACCUGUCACGAUUGCCGAUGUUGCUGCACAUAUUAAUCAUAUUCGAAAGGUCGCUGGAAUUGACAGUAUCGGUUUAGGCGGGGAUUUUGAUGGUAUUCAAAAUACGCCAAAACGUCUCGAAGAUGUUUCAAAAUUCCCGAAACUAAUUGAAUAUUUGCUAGCACAAGAUAAUUGGACAGAUGAUGAUAUCAUCAAACUUAUAGGUGGAAAUCUCCUUCGCGUAUUGGAAAGCAACGAACAAAUAGCAAAAGAACUUCAAAAGACUGUGAAGCCAGCAGAAGGCUUAAUAUCUUACAAUGACUUACAAAAAUAUAAUCUGACCGAAUGUCGAAAUUUGAACAUGUAUCCAACGGUGGACAAUUCCACUUUUCUCUAA